UUCAGGCUGACAUAUGAGUGAUAGGAAGACAGGCUCCAGCAGCAAUAGCAAUGCGAGAUCAAGGAUAGAGCUGAUAUAAGUGAUUCCAGGUUAAAUAAAAAGACGAUUUACUGUAGGUUAUUGAUUCAGUCUGCAAGAAGACAUCCCAUGAACAUGUCAGUUCUGGCUUUGCAGGAAUACGAAUUUGAAAGACAGUUCAACGAGAAUGAAGCCAUUCAAUGGAUGCAAGAAAACUGGAAGAAGUCAUUCUUAUUCUCUGCUCUCUACGCAGCCUUUAUAUUUGGUGGCAGACACUUGAUGAAACAGCGUGAAAAGUUUGAAUUACGGAAACUUCUAGUGCUCUGGUCAAUGAGCCUUGCAGUCUUUAGUAUUUUUGGUGCUGCCCGCACAGGGGGAUAUAUGGUGUAUAUCCUGAUGACCAAAGGGCUAAAGCAGUCAGUUUGCGAUCAGAGUUUCUACAAUGGACCAGUCAGCAAAUUCUGGGCUUAUGCAUUUGUGCUAAGCAAGGCUCCUGAGCUAGGAGACACAAUCUUCAUUAUACUGAGGAAACAGAAGCUCAUCUUCCUGCACUGGUACCACCACAUCACUGUGCUCCUCUACUCCUGGUACUCAUACAAGGACAUGGUGGCCGGGGGGGGCUGGUUCAUGACAAUAAACUACCUGGUGCAUGCAGUCAUGUACUCCUACUAUGCCUUGCGAGCAGCUGGCUUCCAGGUGUCCCGCAAGUUCGCCAUGAUCAUCACCCUCACGCAGAUCACCCAGAUGGUGGUGGGCUGCGUAGUCAACUACCUGGUCUUCUCCUGGAUGCAGCAAGGGCAGUGUCCGUCACACGUGCAGAACAUUGUGUGGUCCUCCCUCAUGUACCUCAGCUACUUUGUGCUCUUCUGCCGGUUCUUCUUUGAGGCGUACAUCCACAAGAGCAAAAAAAACACAGGCAAGGUCGAGUAGAACUGAGGAAAAGGACCCAAACCAUAGCUCAGGGCCUGGCGAUGACUAAUGCAGUGUUGUCGUUGAAAGGGAGUGUGAAACCAUAUCUGGCACAGCUUACACAACGCAGCCUGUCCAACAGCAAGCUUGGUUUAACCCAGUAAAUGUGUGAACCUUUUCUUUUCAAGGUUUGAGGACUGUCUGUGUUAUAUACACACAAAAAAAAAGAUGGACCAAUAAUGAAAGAUUCUUACCAAUAGUACCUAAUGCACUAGCACUGCAAAGAAGUACCAUAUUACUAGUAAAAUGAAUGAAAAGAAGUGAAAUUAUCCCUGUAAGGUGAGGGGGGGGGGGGGGGGUUCUGUUGCAAUUUUCAUUUUGUUUCCAUUCCACCCCUGACCCCUGCGUAGAGAAUUUUAGACAUGUCAAAAGGAAUAUAGGUAAUAACACCUGUAAGUGAGGUAAAUUAUGUUUUAAAUGCAUUUACAUCUAUACAGGAACCCUCCUGAUGUAAAUUGUGUGGAAAUAUUGAAAGGCAGUGUGAUUAUUAUUGCAAACUUCUUAAUCUUCAUCAAAUUAGGUCUGUUUCUUUGGAUAUAUUAAGCAAUAUUAUCUGUUUUUAGUAUGAAUUCUAAUCUGACUAAAAUAUUGAUUUUAAAAUACCUUUUAAAAGGGAUAACGCAGUUGUAUGAUCAAAAUAACGUAACCAAUAAUUGAAAUUAUCCCAAAAGGGAAACACCACUAUGUACUACUGCGGCAUCUGCCGUUUUUCUUUUUUUUUUUACUGAUCUCAUUCAUUUACAGUAACACAACACAUGGAAUUAAUGGACUUUCACACUGACAAUAAAGUGCACAGAGUUCAAAGACACUAGCUUGCCAUACUCUAGUACAGUGGUUCCCAACCCUAGUCCUGGGGACCCCCUCUGUCUGCUGGUUUUAAUUCCAAUUAUAACUAGACCCUUAAUUGAAAUGAUGAUUUGCUAAUUAGAACUUUUUAAUUGUUUCAGCUCUUAAACUGUUGCAGAGUUCAAGUUACUUAUAAAAUUAUAUUGUUAAUUCAAAAUCUGCAACUGUUUUAGAGCAGAAAACAAGUAAAAAGGUCUAAUUAGCAAAUGAUCAGUUCAAUUAAGGGUCUAGUUAACUAAUUGAGAGCUCAGUUGGAAUGAAAAUCAGCAGACGGAGGGGGUCCCCUGGACCAGGGUUGGGAACCACUGCUCUAGUACAUAUGUAAGAUACAGUAAUUUAAUUUCUAUUUGAAGGAAUAAAAACUGUAUGAAACAUAGCAAAUAAAAAAUGUGAGAGGUUAGUGGAACUUCUAACAAAUAUUAGUUAACAUAUCAAAUAUUCUUUGUAGUAAUUCAUACAACCAGAAGUAUUCUCAUGCACUGUGUACAUUAAAUGUGUUAGAUGAUGUGUAAGUAGGUAAUAUGCAAAACCCUGAUUCCACUGGUUUUUUUUUGUUUGUUUUUUUUUUUAAGUGGGGAAUUUACAAUCUUGUAUUGUAUUUUAAUUUCAUUUCAUAUAAGAGCCCUCUGAUACAUAGUUCUUCACGGGGCAAAGCCUUUCUUUAACUAUACCCAGGUUUGAGCUGUUUUUAUUUGUUUAAAAUUGACAUGCACUAUCAAAAGAGUACAGUAGUUUGUGCACCUUCAAAAAGUAUCAUAUACCCUUGAGGUAGAUAAAAAAAAAAUGCAUGGUUUGUUAGGCAGCAGCUUGGAUCAGCAGAAUCUAAAUACAGCUAACCAUAUCUGCUAAUGAAAGAAACUUCCACCCUUGGUAGCAUCCUAGUUUAACCUCAUAGUUCAACUAACACAAAUAAGUACAGUAGUUUCCUAAUGUUAUCAGCUUUUAUAAUGUGAUUACUUCAUUUGAGUGUUAGGUUAGAUAUCACAAACUGUUUAAUUUAUUCAAAGCAAAUGUUAAGCCAAUUUAAAUAUAAAUUCAUGUUCUUAAAAUUAGAAUUAUUAUAAUAUUCUUUACAGUGAAUAUACUAUUCUUUAUAAUGAAGUGCAUAGGAAAUCAGCAUGAUAGAAAACAGGAUAUUAUUGUAUGUAACCUAUGAAUAGAAAUGUGCUCAAAAUAUAAUACGGAAGGAACAUAUAUAUUAUCUUGUAUCAAGCUCUAUGCUUUUAAGAAAUGUUUGUGCUUGCAUACAACAAUUGUAGAGGGACAUAAUGUGCUGCUAUAGAUAUAUUUUACCUUUAAGGCUUUAUAAAAAGAUAUACAGUGACUGGGUGAUUUUGAUUGAUUGGUUGUCCGGUGUCUGUGCAUAUGAGUGCCAAUUCCAGCUAUUUUAAAAAGGGACACCAUAUGAAAAACAAAAUAUAUAUGUUGCUUGUUUAGUAAGAAUGUGAUGCAGCCAUAUUCAUAAAGUGUUAGAAUGACAGUCAGAAUAUUGCUAUCCUAUGAGUUUUCAAGCAUACUAACUAUUUAUCAAUACUGCUCAUGGAGAACAGUAUGUUGUAUCACUGUGGCCAGCCAUGCAAAGACGAGAUAUGUCUGUACAUUAGACAAUGUAUUACAUUUUUAUGAAGGUAGUCUAAAAGCAGUGUAUUGUUAUAUCUAUUACAGGCAAACCAAUUGUGAUUAGCAGUGUACUCUAGCACUGAAUUAAUAAGGUCAAACCGUAUUUCAUAGAGAUCAUUUUUUGUGUGCACAGCCCAAUCUCACGGGACGCUUUUUCAUUCACAAGGAAAGCACUGUACUAUGCUGUAGCGUUCUGUGUUGUCAAAGUUUUUGCUGAGGUUUGAUUUUUUUCAGAGUGACGGUCUUUGUAACAGAUCGUACAGAAAAAGGACCUGCUUACCUCUCUAAAACAGCCUCCCACACCAACCUGCGAUAUGACAGCUGUUAAAUAUUGCACUCUGUGUACCCAUUAGUUCAGGCUAAUUGUGUCUUGUUUUAGUCCUUUUCACUGUGUGUUCUGUGUAUUAGCUGCAGAUUCAACAUGGAUUAGCACCCAUGUUUACAUUGAAUUGUGUGUCUGCCUGUAUCAUUAAAAUACAUUCUUAAAUAACAAAAAA